GCGGGCGGGUUGGCGGCGCGUGGCCUGGGUGCGCUGUCCUGAGCGUCCAUCGGGCGUUGAAUCCUGUGGAUCUCUGUCAUAUGGCUCAUUCCGAUGUUCCUUUCGCUGUCCAGCAGGCUUCCUCAAUCCUUCGUCUUUAUAGGGAGGACGAAGGGGGGGUCAUCCCACUGGUUGUGCUCUUCCAGCACACUGUCUUCCAGCAAUAUUUGCAUGAAAGUGAGGACCUUGGGCUGUGUCCAGGCAAUAUUGGUUCUGAAGCGUGUGGUGCUGAGGUCCAUGAGUUGGUGGUUGUUGUUGCCAGAAGCUCUGUAGUUGUUCCUGUUGUUGCUGGAGCACCUGUUGGUGUUGGCAGCACAACUGCUGUUGCCAUUGCAGAUGCAUGUGCUGGAGGAUCUGUUGCUGCUGGACCAUCCUCUGUUGAUGUUGCUGUUGGUGAUACUGUUCCAUCUGGGCUUGUAGCAGGAGGUGGUAUUGUACCUCGUACCUUCUCUGCUGCAUGGCCUGUUGCUGUUGAAGUUGGUGGUUUUGUUGCCCCGUUUGGCUCAACAUGCCCUGCAUUUCCAGGUGCUGGAGUUGCACCUGUUGAACCUGGUGUUGUUGUUGUGCAUAGUGAAGUGAGUGGGCUUGCGGUUGGUGAUGAUGUUGCAUUUCCAGGUGUUGUUGCAGGGCAUUCUAUUGUUCCAUUCGGUCCUGCCUCUGCUGUGUUUGAUGAAUCUGUUCAUCCGAUAUCUGUUGCGGAGCAGUGUCGGCCUGGGGGUGUUGUGGUUCCAUGCUCAUGCAGGCAGUGCGUUCCAGUGGUGGUUCCAACUGGUCAGUCUGCAUGUGGUUAGAGGGGAGCAGCUGGUCCCUGUGCAUGGUUUCGU